AUGGAUAGAUUAAUGGAUGAUUCAGAAUAUUAAUUGAUAAGGUUUAAAAAUAAAUUGAGGUAUUGAUUCAUCUAAUAAUACUAGAAUAUUGCAACAUAAAACAUAAAAAGAAAAAAUAAAAGCUAUUUUGAAUAUAAAUAGUGAUAACAUCAUUCCGAUAGUAUCAGCAUUGGUUUGUCCAGAUGUAAUGAAGAAUUGGAAUACAUAGAUUGAUUAGACAAAUGUUUUAGAUAUAAUGUUAAAAAAUAAUUCUAUGAUAAUUUCUGAAUUACGUAAAAAAUACGGUCUACUUUAUUUAAAACGUUCUUAUACAUAUAUUUAAGGUAUGUUUUCAAAGAUAAAGAUAACUUUUUUAUUAUUGAUAAGAGUUUAUCUUAUCAAAAUAAUUAAUAGAAUGGCUAUCAAUUUGAGGGAUAUAUUUAAUUGAGUAUUAUAGCUGUUAUUCCAUAAUAAGAUUAAGUUAUGAUAAUUUUGGAAACAGAAACUAAAAAUGGAGGAUAUGCAAAUGAUGCUUAAUUGUCAUUACAUUAUGUCUAAGAAUUAUAGAAUUUAGAAUAUUAUUUAAUUUAAAAGUAUUUUAAGAUUCCAACUCCAUAGAUAGUUGAAGAUGCUACAAAAGAACUUCUUAAUAUUGAGAUAAUAGAAUAAUAUUAACCUUAAAGAGUAAAUGAAGUCUAGAUGAAUUCAUCUUUAUCUGAUGUGGAUUGCAACUAAUUUUAGUCUUAAAUAGUAUUAGAAGAGGAACCAGAGUUGAUUAAUAAAAAUGAUUAUUUGUAAUUAUUAGAAUUAGUAACUAAGAAUACUGGAAUAAUAUUUUGGUCAGCAAUACAUUAUUAUCAAUUGUCACCAUUAGAACCAGAUAAUAUUUAUUAUAAAGAGACUGCAGAAAAUAAAAAUAUCAUAUUAUAAAGUGAUUGGGAGAUCUUAGAAAAAGGUGGUUUGAGAUUUAUAAAUAAAAAGAAACUUGAAAUUUAAAAAGAAGUUAUAACAUUUAUGUUAAGGAAAUUAGGAUCUAAUUUACUUAUGGGUAAAUCUUUAAUUAGUAUCUCAUUGCCAGUUAACAUUUUUGAAAAAAGAUCUAAUCUUGAAAGAGCUUGUUAUAGUUUAGGCUAUAUUUGGUUAUUAGAGAAGGCAGGUGAAUUAUAAGAUCCACUUGAAUAAAUGAAAUUGGUGGCAUAAUUUUCUCUUGCUUAUAAUAUAAUGUUUUUAAAUAUGGAGAAACCAUUCAAUCCUAUAUUAGGAGAAACCUUUUAAGGAAUCAUGAAUGGAAAUCUAUUGUAUUGUGAAUAGAUUUCUCAUCAUCCACCAGUAUUAGGUUUGUAUAUUCUUGGAAGAAAUUUUAAAUUAACUGGUCAUUUGGAAUCUUAAGCAAAUUUUAGUGCAAAUUCAAUUACAGGAUAAAAUUAUGGAUAUUUGUAAGUUACAUUUACAAAUAAAACUACAAUUAUAUUCAAUGUAAUGCCAGGAGUUAUUUAAGGGAUGACCAUAGGACAUAGAUAAUUUUAUUAUAAUGGUGUUGGAUGGAUGGUUGAUUUGGAGAAUAAGCUUUUCUGUGAUAUUGUAGUUACUGCUUUUCCAGGAAUGUUUAGUAAAAAAGUUAUACCUUAAGAUUAUAUGGAAGGAUACAUUAUAAAGGGAUCAGUUAAAGAAGUUAAUAAAUUCCAUUAAGAAACAUAUCGUAAAUAUCAAGGAAUCAAAACAUUAUCUUAAUAAGAUAGACUUUGUAGAAUAAGUGGUAGAUGGACAACUGGAAUGAUAAUUGAUGGAGUUGAAGUGUUGAAUUGGUUCAAGCAUUUUCCUUAUAAAUUAAAAUAUGAAGAUUAUCCUUUAGCAUCUGAUAGUAAUUAUAGAGAAGACAUAAUUGCAAUAAAGACAGGGGAUUUGAAUUUAGCAUAAGAUAGGAAAGAGAAAAUGGAAAUUUAGUAAAGACAUGAUAAGAAGAUAAGAUAAAAGAAUAAGUAUUGA